CUGUGGCAUUCACCUCAGCACAACCCAAGGAUGCAGUGACUUCAAGCACUCCUGGGUGGGUGAGGGAAGGAGAGACCUCAGAAGAACCAAGAGAUGCUACGAAAAAGGUUCAUAAAAGAGUGACAAUCUGUGUCUGUGCCUUCCUCGUGGGGCUGGUUUACUGGCAGGCUUAAACAACAUCCCAAUCAGCUUGCAAGUGGAAACUGGUAUCUGGGAAGGACAUCUGCUGAAAACUUAGUGCAAGGAAAGCUGGCAAAACAUGAAUUCAGAGCUGUCUGGAAGGAAAAGGAACGCCUGAUGAUGCAGUACUUCAUCAGGUCAUGCAGAGACCUCACACCAAUCCCAGAGGAAACAAAGCCAAAGAUGGGGCACCGCCUCGUACAGCAGAUGCAGAUGUCUCCUGUGCGUCAAGCAGAACUGCACAGUGACCUAAAGAUCCAGGAAAAGGACGAGCUGCAGUGGAAGAAGAUAAAGGUGGAGGGGUUGGAUGAAAAUGGAGAGAAAGAGGCUCAGCUCAGACGAAACUUUAACGUGAUCUUGGCCAAGUAUGGGAUGGAUGGGAAGAGAGACACACGACCCAUGGAGAGUAAUUCCUUGAAGGAUCACGACAGCAGAGAAGGAGACAUGUUUGAAGACCCCAGGCUGGACAAGCUGUGGAACAAGGCUAAGGGGUCAGGAAAGUUUUCUGACGAGGAGCUGCUCAGCCUGAAGAGGGAGUUUCAGCAUCACAAGGACAAGAUCCAUGAGUACAGUAUUCUGAUGGACACCAUCAGCAGGACUGAGGAAAUCCACAAGAACGUGAUCUCUCCUCUGGAGGGUGAAGCUAAAGAGCAGGUGCUGCAACACAAACACACAGACCUGAAGCAAAAAAUGAGAGACCUCAACCAAGGCUUCGAACGACUGCGUAGACUGAGCCACGAGGGCUUUACAGAAGACAGUGACUUUCAUGAGCCUCGUGUGAUUGAACUGUGGGAGGCUGCCAGACGAUCCAACCUGACUGAAGAUGAGCUGGACUCUCUCAAGGAGGAGCUGCGUCACUUUGAGACCAAGGUGGAGAAGCACAGCCAUUACCAGGAGCAGCUGGAGCUCUCCCACCAGAAGCUGCAGCACGUGGAGGCUCUAGGCGACAAGGAGCACAUCAAGAGGAACCAGGAGAAGUACAACACCCUGUCUGAGAAGACCAGGGAGAUGGGCUACAAGAUGAAGAAACACAUGCAGGAUCUAUCCAAUAAGAUCCUCCGCUCAGGACUGAAGCACAAUGAGCUGUGAGACGUUCAAGUUCUGUUGGUCUCAUCACUCAAGGUUAAUUGAAAACAUUAUCUUCAGCCGCCCCUCACCCCCUGCACUUCUUUGUUGUUUUCUACUUUACAGUUUUAUUAGGUGUUGAUUUUCUACCAAUGUAGUACAUGUCUGUGUAUGUUCUCAGUCAUCCAGGUCAUUUUAUCCAAUGAUAGUUACAUCGGGGGCAACUGGACGGAGAAGGUGUCUUGAAGACGUUUCACCUCUCAUCCAAGAGGCGACUUCAGUUCUGACUGACUGCUGGGAAGUUCUGGUAUUUGGCCUCAGAGAAGCUGCAUGCCAGUAACGAGGAGGGCGGAAUGUAAAGUCACCAGGUUAGUGUGAAUGGGGAGUGGUACCAUAGCUAUGGAUGGUUCCACCUGAGCAACACAUUUGGCUGAGUGUCCUUUGAAAUGACACUGUGGUCUUGUUGUCAGGGAGAGAACUCAGGACGACGUUAUAGGUGGAUGAAAGGUUGUGUCUCAAACCACCUCCUCUGUUGAGAGAUGAUUUCUCCAGAUUGAUGUAGAUGGCUUCCUUCACCCCUCUCUCAAACCACCUGUCUUCUCUGUGUACAUCCUCAUCCACAAAA